CACCAAUGGGACAUGUCUCAUUACGGUUCACAGUCAGAUCCCGCUAAGAUGUACAACGCGAGAUCGCGUGGCAACGCAGCCAUUAACGAGGGGAUUUCCCCCAAAAGAAUUCUGGCCAUCGGCUCUCUACUCCUCGUCCUUGGCUUCAACCAGGUGGCUUCGAUGUCGCUGGAUCGCCUGGCUCUCGAGAGGAACGAGCUGCCGGCGGAUCAGCAGCCAACCCAAGAUGUUCUGGUGGACGACAUGAAACUCACCUCCAUUCCAUCCGCCGACUCAUCGGACAUGUAUAUGCUGGUUCCCGAGACGGUGGCCAGCCAACUGGAGGACACCGAGCAUGUGAAUCGCAACUCCAUCGAAGCCGAUCCCGAAACGGAUCCCUCAUCCGGACAGUCCUCCGCCUCCUCCUCCUCCGACAUGCUGAUGCUGGAGAGCGACUCCAGUCCAGCCAUGCAGCUGGUCGAGCUGCCCAGCGACAUUACGGUGGCCGAAUCCCAGCCAGAAACGGAGCAAUAUCAUCAGCAGCCCGAGUCGAUUGAGGAGCAUGUGGUGCUGAUGAAGCCCCUCAGCCAGGAGGCUCAGCUGGAGGAAACGAUGGACUUGGCCACCGAGGCGGCACCACUGCCCCUUCAAGAUGAUGAAGAGGAAUUAGAGUCUCCAGCUGCCACCGAGAAGGAAGCCGAAGCACAGAUAAUGGACGAUCAGUUGCCCGAGGAAUCAGAAUCGCAGCCGGAACAGGUGCAACCAGAGGAAUCCCAGCCAGAAAGCGAAGUCGAACAGGCGGAGAAAAAGCAGGAGGUUGAAGCUCAGCCAGAGAUGGAAUCUCAGCCAGCUGUGGAGGAUGUCAACCAACCAGAAAUGGAAGCCCAGCCUGAAAGUGAAUCUCAGCCAGAGGUUGAAGCUCAGCCAGAAGUUGAAUCUCAGCCAGAAGUUGAAUCCCAGCCAGAAGUGGAAACCCAACCCGAAACUGAAUCCCAGCCAGAAAAGGCAACCGAAGUUGAGAAAGCCAGCGACAAUGAGGUGGACACCACGGAGGCUUCUCUGAUGGAAACCCUGGUCGAGGGCCUGGAAAAUGGUCUCACCGCAGCCAUGGACAAUCUGGUGCCCGAGGAAUUGGCCGAGGCCAGUGAGAACAAGGAGCCAGAGGCAGAGGAAGCCGAGGAGCAGCAGUUGGCAGUCACCGAGGCCAUCGACGAGCAGGCAGUUCCGGAAGUUGAGCAGCAAAAGGUAGAGGAACCCGAGCAGAUCACCCUGGCCGAUGAGCCGGAGGAAGAGAUUGCUCAGGCCUCGAAUGCAGAACCAGUCGAGAUUGCUCCAGCUGAAGUUCCCGCAGAAACCAAACCUGAAGAGGAAACUCAAACGGAGGAUGAAGCUAAGCCACUGGAAGAAUCCAAGCAAGAGGAGGAAGUCAAGGGUCAAGAGGAAGCCAAGCCAGAGGAGGAGUCUCAGAAUGAUGCGGAGAUUCAGUCGGCGAUCAAUGAAGUGAAACCUGAGGAAAUUCCAGCUGAAAUCUUAGGUGAAGUUCCAGCUGAAACUCCUGCUGAAAUUCCUGCUGAAAUUCCUGCUGAAAUUCCUGCUGAAAUUCCAGCUGAAAUUCCUGCCGAAGUUCCUGUUGAAACCCAUGCCGAAAUCCCUGCCGAAACUCCUGACGAAACUCCUGCCGAAACCCCUGCGGAAACCCCUGCCGAAACCCCUGCCGAAACCCCUGUGGUAACCAAUGGAGAAGUUCCAGCUGAAAUAAUUGCUGAAACUCCAGCUGAAACGCCUGAAGAAGUUCCAGCUGAAAUUCCUGCAGAAACCCCUGCUGAAAUCCCAGCUGAAACCCAAUCGGACGCCAUCCAAACCGAACCCGAAGUGGAGAAGCAGGUCCAGCAAGAUGAGAAGGAAACCAAGCCCGAGGAAUCCUCCUCCCUGCUGACCACCAUCAUCCCCAUGGUUGGCCCACCCCAGCCUCAGGUGCCCAUCCCAUCGCAGCCCAUCCAGGUGCAGGAUAGUGUGCUCAACUACGUCAACGCCUCGUUCCUGCAGCAGCAGCCAUCGGAAGCGGAUCUGCCCAAGACGGAGGAGGAGUCGCCGUUCAAUGCCCACCUGAGACGCUAUGAUGGAGCCCAAGUAUGGCGCAUUGUGGUCCAAACCGACAAGGACAAGCGAAUGGCCGAUGAACUGCAGUCCAAAUAUGAUGGCCAACUGUGGAAGGAGGUCAAGCAGGAGGUGGACUACCUGCUGAAACCCCAAGUUUUGGCCGCCGCCGAGCGUCACAUUCGCGCUGCUAAUCUUUCCCGCAUUGUUCUCAUCGACAAUCUGCAGCAUGUCAUCGAAAAGGAAAACCCGCCAGCGGAGAAGAUUGCUGAACUCCAAAACAGAAAGGGACACCGCCUCACCUGGCAGGCCUACCAUCGUCUGGAGGACAUUCAUGGCUUCAUUGACUACAUGGCCAAGACAUAUCCCGAUAUUUGCUCCACUGAGAUCAUCGGUUACUCGGUGGAGAAGCGACCCCUGAAGAUUCUUAAGAUUUCCAAUGGCAAUGCCCGCAAUCCCGGCGUCUGGAUCGAUGGUGGCAUGCAUGCCCGCGAGUGGAUCAGUCCGGCCACGGUCACCUAUAUCGCCAACCAGCUGGUCGAGGGCUGGGAGGAUCUGCCCGAGCACAUGCGCAGCAUCAACUGGUACAUCCAUCCGGUGGCCAAUCCCGAUGGCUACGAGUAUUCCCACACCACCGAUCGCCUGUGGCGCAAGAAUAUGCGUGCCCAUGGUCGCCAGUGUCCCGGCGUGGAUCUCAAUCGGAACUUUGGCUACAAAUGGGGCGGCAAGGGCACCUCGGCCAGUCCCUGCUCGCAGACCUAUCGCGGCAGCAAGGCCUUCUCCGAGCCGGAGACCUUCUACAUCUCCAAGUUCAUCAGCGGCUUCCCCAGGGAGACCUUCCAGGCGUACCUCUCGUUCCACAGCUACGGACAGUAUAUCUUGUAUCCUUGGGGCUACGACUACCAGCUAACCCAGGAUCGUGCCGAUCUGGAUCGAGUGGCGCGACAGGCGGGAACGAGCAUCACCAAGUCGACGGGCGUGAAGUACACCGUGGGAUCCUCCGCCACCACUUUGUAUCCCGCCGCCGGAGGCUCCGAUGAUUGGGCCAAGGGCAUUGCGGGCAUCAAGUACGCCUACACCAUCGAAAUGGGCGACACCGGACGGUAUGGCUUCGUCCUGCCCGCCCGGUUCAUCCAGUACAAUGGCAAGGAUGGCGUUACCUUCGCCGACACGGUGGCCAGGGCGAUUGCCCAGGGACGCGGAAAGUCGGUGGCCAGGAACAGCAGUGGCAGCCGGAGGCGUCGCCACUAGUCCAGUUCACUUAGCUCAAUGCGAUUUUUUUGUAAAUCAGCGUAAUGAUUCUUUUUUUUUUUUGCUAUUUAUAUGAAUACUAUUUAUUUAUUUAUUUAUUCUAGUUGUAACUAGACAAAUUGAACACACACA